GGAUUCAUCGAGCAGUGAGAAACGGAAAAGAGGCAGAGAGCGCACUCCGGCAGUAUGCUCCCUAGCAGCGAAUUGUGUGAAGACCUGAUCACGAGGAAACUGAAAUCAAGGACCAAGAGGAUAGAUAUUUCCUCAGAUGAAGAAGGCGCUGCAGGAGUAAAGCAGAACCUGCACGCUAAGAUGGAAGGAAGCAGUGAGCUGAUGGACAUCAAGCUCAUGCUGGCCUCACUUCUGAACGGGAUCGGCGAUAUAAAGGGAAAAGGGAAGGUGGUCUUAUCUGAAGUCAAGUCAGAACCUGAACCUGUUGAAACCCCGGCCGUGGAGACCGGGAACAGUGAAGAAGCCAAAGAAGCCGAGGACGUGGACGUUGAGCAGAACAAAGACUGCACUGAAGACGAAGAAGAGAUCGAUGAAGGGGGUUUGGCGGCGUAUAUGAAGAUCAGGCGUGAAUUCUACAACUCGUUACAUUAUACACGUCUCAUGGAACUGUGUAAACAAAAAUCCAUACGAUAUUUCAAGGAGAUGGGCGCCUGGGAGUUGGCUCGGCUUGAUCUUCAAAACUACGCUGAUCAGCUUAAUGCUGACCCCUCGGCAGUGGUGGCUGAACACUCCAAGAAGAAUGAAGCGUGGAGCGAAGACGGCGAGAACGCUGCAUCCGGUAGCAAUGACGUAAAGGGAAACUAACCGGUGGGAGCCUCAGAUCACUACGUCGGGCCACAAAACGCAUCUGUAUGGCCAAGCAACGAGCGGGCAAGGAGACACACAUUCUCCUGGAGCGCAUUCACGUUC